GCGUGUAACUGUUUCUGUGUGUGUUAGGGGGCCAGGACUACGUCUUGGAGAGUGCGCCACAUUCCUCCCUCCGUCAGUGUUUAUUAUGCAGUUGCAGGUGGAAAACUGCCCAUCAGAGCUAGGGGACCCUGGGUUGUUUUGGAUUCUUGACGACCUCAUGGUCCACAGGGCACUUGGGCUCCCAGGAGCACCUGUACAGCAAGGUAUGUCAUUGCUACCAGUUAUUGGCGAGCAAUGCGAGCCUACAUAAUCCUAGCGUCCGGCGUUCAAUAGUCCCGCACGAGAUGACGGUCUUGCGCUAUCGUCUCUUUCUCGCAUCUUUCAAGUUCCCUCUGCUUGGAAACACGGCUGUGCGCGUAUACGGAGCUUAUUUGAACAUGUUAUGUACUCCGUAUACUCAGGACAUACCGGAUUUCAAUGAACCCUCAGGCCAUCCGCGUAGUGCCCUCGCUGCGCUAUUAUAUCAGCUUGGACAUCUUUGCCGAGUCACUGGAAUGCUAGGAGCCGGCUGCGCCAUGUCCGCUAAACAAGGC